GACGUCAUAUCAGGGUUCUUCAGUACCGCCGUCCCCACGUGAAUUUAUCGGCAUGAUGGCCAGCAUGUAAACUAAAGUAACUGCUUCCAGAGUUUUAUCGUGUUUUCAUCUACAUUCAUUCGUUUUAUUAGGAUUAAACACAAGUGGGCUUACUAACUACGUCAGGGACCAUCAUGGCAACAUUUCGGAAGAAGAUAGAUAACAGGAUCCGUGUCCAGAUAGAUAAUGGCGUUUCUGAGCAGCACCGCACCAUGUUCGUGGUGGUCGGGGACCAUGGCAGAGACCAGGUUGUCAUCCUGCACCACAUGCUGUCCAAAGCCGCAGUCAGAGCCAGACCAUCUGUCCUCUGGUGCUAUAAGAAAGAGCUGGGCUUCAGCAGCAACCGAAAGAAGCGCAUGCGUCAGCUCCAGAAGAAGAUCAAGACCGGCACUCUGAACAUUAAGCAAGACGACCCUUUUGAGCUGUUUGUCGCUGCCACUAACAUCCGCUACUGUUACUACAACGAGACGCACAAGAUUCUGGGAAACACCUACGGCAUGUGCGUCCUGCAGGACUUUGAGGCUCUCACUCCCAACCUCCUAGCUCGAACUGUGGAGACUGUAGAAGGAGGAGGGAUCGUGGUAAUUCUUCUCAGGACGGUCAACUCACUCAAGCAGCUGUAUACAAUGACUAUGGAUGUUCAUUCUCGCUACAGGACCGAGGCCCAUCAGGACGUGGUGGGAAGGUUCAAUGAGAGGUUCAUCCUAUCUCUGUCGUCCUGUAAGACGUGCGUUGUCAUUGACGACCAGCUCAACGUCCUGCCCAUUUCCAGCCACAUUGCCAACAUCAAGCCUGUUCCUCCCAAGACUCAGGAGGACAGUCUGUCGCCACGGGAACAGGAGCUGAAUGAGUUAAAGGAGUCUCUACAGGACACGCAGCCUGUUGGUGUGCUGGUCGACAGCUGCAAGACCAUGGACCAGGCCAAGGCGGUGUUGAAGUUCAUUGAGGCCAUCUCAGAGAAGACCCUGAGGAGCACUGUAGCUCUGACUGCUGCUAGAGGCAGGGGCAAGUCUGCAGCACUGGGACUGGCUGUGGCUGGGGCUGUGGCAUUUGGCUACUCCAACAUCUUCAUCACCUCCCCCAGCCCAGACAACCUGCACACUCUGUUUGAAUUCAUCUUCAAAGGCUUCGAUGCCCUUCAGUACCAGGAGCACCUGGACUAUGAGAUCAUCCAGUCUCUGAACCCUGAGUUCAACAAGGCCGUGGUUAGAGUGAACGUCUUUAAGGAGCAUAGACAGACUAUUCAGUACAUCCACCCAGCUGAUUCAGUGAAGCUGGGUCAGGCUGAGCUGCUGGUGAUAGAUGAGGCUGCAGCCAUCCCUCUUCCUCUGGUCAAGAAGCUGCUGGGACCAUACCUGGUCUUCAUGGCCUCCACCAUCAAUGGGUAUGAGGGCACAGGUCGUUCUCUCUCCCUGAAGUUGAUCCAACAGUUGAGGCAGCAGAGUUCAGAGAGCCAGCAGAGUCUGUCAGCAGAGAACAGGAGCACCAACACAGCCAGGCUGAAUGCAGCUCGCUCCCUCCAAGAGGUGUCCCUCCAUGAGUCCAUCCGUUAUGCCAUGGGAGACCCUGUAGAGAAGUGGCUCAACGAGCUGCUGUGUCUAGACUGCCUAAACAUCCCCAGAGUCAUCUCUGGCUGCCCCCUGCCACAGACCUGUGACCUAUACUAUGUGAACAGAGACACACUGUUCUGCUACCACAAGGCAUCUGAAGCCUUCCUGCAGAGACUCAUGGCUCUCUAUGUGGCAUCGCACUACAAGAACUCUCCCAACGACCUACAGAUGUUGUCAGACGCCCCAGCACAUCACCUCUUCUGCCUACUUCCUCCUGUUCCUCCCACACAAAACUCACUGCCGGAGGUCCUGGCAGUCAUACAGGUGUGUCUGGAAGGAGAGAUCUCACGUCAGUCCAUCCUCAACAGUCUGUCCAGAGGAAAGAAGGCUUCCGGUGACCUCAUCCCCUGGACCGUGUCAGAGCAGUUCCAAGACCCAGAGUUUGGCAGUCUGUCUGGAGGAAGGGUGGUGCGCAUCGCUGUCAACCCUGACUAUCAGGGGAUGGGUUAUGGCUCCAGAGCUGUGCAGCAGUUACAGCUGUACUACGAGGGUCAGUUUCCCUACAUGGAUGAGAACGCACAGACCGCUAACAGCCAGAUCACCUCUGUCACCAGCGAGGCAGUGAGCCUCCUAGAAGAGGUGUUGCACCCUAGGAAGGACCUCCCUCCUCUGCUUCUGAAGCUGAGUGAGAGGAGGGCCGAGAGACUGGAAUACCUGGGAGUGUCCUACGGCCUCACACCUCCGCUGCUCAAGUUUUGGAAGAAAGCUGGUUUUGUCCCUGUCUAUUUACGGCAAACUCCUAAUGACCUGACGGGAGAGCACUCAUUGGUGAUGUUGAAGGAGCUCAACACAGUGGAGGCUCCUGAACAGGGCCAGUGGCUGGCUGCCUUCUGGAAAGAUUUCCGUCGGCGGUUCCUGUCUCUGCUCUCCUACCAGUUCAGCAGCUUCUCUCCCAGUAUGGCCCUCAACAUCCUGCAGAACAAGAGCACCACCAAGACCGAUGCCAGCUCCGCUCUGACCAAUUCUCAGCUGUCUGGUCAGUUCAGCCCCUAUGAUCUGAAGCGUCUAGAGAUGUACUCUAGGAACAUGGUGGACUACCACCUCAUCAUGGACCUCAUCCCUGCAGUGGCACGCAUGUUCUUCCUCAAACAGCUGGGAGACGUGACCCUGUCCGCCGCACAGUGUGCUCUGUUGCUAGGUGUGGGGCUGCAGCAUAAAUCAGUGGACCAGCUUGAGAAGGAGAUUGACCUGCCCAGCUCUCAGCUCAUGGGUCUGUUCAACCGCCUCAUCAGGAAAGUAGUGCAGUUCUUCAACAGAAUCCAGGAGAAGGCCAUUGAGGCGGAGAUGGUUGUAUCUAAAGACGUCUCCAUGGAGCCCACUGUCAAAACCCUCAAUGAUGAUCUGGAUGAGGCAGCCAAAGAGUUCCAGGAGAAGCACAAACAGGACAUGGAGAAGGUCAAGGAGAUGGACCUGCAGCAGUACCUGAUCCGAGGAGAUGACGAGGAAUGGGACCAGGUGUUGAAGAAAGCAGGACAGACGGCUGUUGUCAGCAUAAAGAGUGACAAGAAGAGGAAGUAUGAGCAGCCGAGGCCAGACAAAACCGAGGGAGGAGAUCCGCGACACGGCAAACUGAAGAAGACGAAGAAGGGAGGAGGAGGCAAGGAGAAGAAGAAGAAGUUUGAAAAGAGGCCGUUAUAGUGUACAUUAUAGUUUAGUGUUUAUAUUAGCUUAUAUUUGUAUUAGUUUUAAGAUUAUUAGAAAUGUAGUUUGUUUUCAGAUCCACUUUACUAGUUAAUUUCAUAAAAACAUUUCUAUUUCGUUUUUAUAUUAUUUAGUUUGGCUUAUGGACAGAAAGAAGCCUAUACAUGGGAGGCUGGGAGCCAUUUAUGUGUUGUAUAGUGUUUGUUUUUUGGGAUGUCACUUCUUGCCACUGUGGGGCAGUAAUGACAAGCUGAUGGGUCAGGUCUUACGUUAGGUUUAAAGGUAGACUCAGCGAGAUGAUGCAGAUGCACGAAGUAAACAAUAGUAAUGGGUCAAUUUCCGCAACAACCAGGAAGUUAUAAUAACUGAAGCUGAAGCGUGAGGCUUCUCUGCUGUUUUGGUCCCGUAGCUACCCGUGCACAUGCCACAGAUACUGUUUGACUGUGUGAGAGCAGUCUUGCAUCAUGCACAUCUGAAUGGGCGCGUUCGAGCGGCAUUCCGGGAUAAAAGUUGUCCGACUUGCACCUAUAUGUUGACUGCAUGAACUUUACAAAAAUCAUGUGUUGAAAGGUCAUGAAGAUGCUCUUCACCAACUUCAUCCUGCAGCCGUCGCCUGCAUUGUGGGAAGUUCUAUUGUCAACCAAUCAUUAGGGUGUUUUUGUUUGACCAAUUACGUGAAUGAAACAAACCAAUUUGCCAUGAUUUGUGUACAGUAGAUAUAUAUCCCAAAAGGUUUUAUUUGGGUCUUUCACUGAUUGUACAAUGUGUGUACACAUAUAUUAUGAUUUCCAUUUGUGAGUGUGAUAUGAGGGUUAAAAACACGUUUAUUUUGACAUAAAGUAAGCCUUUUAUCAACAUUGCAGUGUUGCAAUUGUUUAUCAAGCCUUGCUGUUGGAAAACGAGUGUCUGACUUAAUGCUGUCGCAGAUGCACCUCCCCCGUCUAGUCGGUUGCUUUUGCCUCACCACGCAAACGUGCCCAAUGUCUGCCGUGCUGCUUGUGGCAACUUCAUCACACCUGAGUCUACCUUUUAUAAUUUAAAGUCAGUCAAUAUAACCCCCCGCAUUGAAAAUCCCAUUUGAUUUGUCUCCCCAAAAACGAACUGAACAUAAUUCAUAAUGGUGUUUGUUGUUUAAAUGGGUUUAAUUAUUUUUCAGUUUACUAAAUUGUUUUUUCAUUUGUUUUUGUUUGUUUACUAUAACAAACUUGGUGUACAGCAGUAGGACUGUGCUUUGACCAAUGGCAGUGCCACCUUUCUCUGUUCCUUCCUCAUGCCUAGCCCUGCACCCAAGGGUUAGAUGGAAUGGGACAGAGUUCCAUCCACAGAAGUAAAUGAUUCUAUUUCUUAUGGACCCACCACCCUAGGAUAGGAGACAGUAUACAGCGGAGACAGUUCCACCCAUAGAAAUAGAAUAGUAAUUAUAUGGUUCCACCACCUAGCCCAAAUCAAUGUAUCACCUGCCUUUUCCUGUAACCGGCUGAUUUUAAUCCAGUACCAACAAUAUGGAGUUGCUUACAAUCAGAUGAGUUGGAGUUUGCAAGGAUCAUACUUAAAGAUGUUUAAUUGAAUGAUGAGCAUAUGUUUUACUUUAUGUAUUAUAUGACCCAGAUCUCUCUACCAUGCAGUGAAAAUUAAACACGUUUGUUGCUCUGA